AUGUCACGAGUUGUCAACCAGUCAUCCCUUGCGUCUCAGUUUCACGACCUUGCAGACUCAAUGUCAAACGGAAAGCCCCUCAUUCCAACUGCUGCAUUUCUUCUUGCGAAUCUUCUUGACUUCUUCAACAAGCAAUGGAUUUGCAACUUUUUGUUCACAAAAGAACCCAUAAACCUUGUGUAUCUCGAGUCACCGGGACUUGCACAAAGCGCACUCACACUCGAUCUUUCUAUUGCGAGCACCGCAGAAGUUGAACAACCUUUGUCUGCAGACUCAGUCGACAAGACUCUGUUCUGCGCACGAUACCUAAUGAUUCCGUGCUUCGCCGCAGAGUCAUUAACCCUAGGAGUUGGCGUCUUGGAUCCCAGCAAAAGAGAUCGGGCUGGACAAGCCAGUCCUGCUGCACAAUUUCGCAACAUGCGUUUCGUCCGGGAUUCAAAACGACGUCGCACAUUGGCUGUCAUGGACUCUCCGGAAGACGAUUCCAUAUUCAUGCAAUAUUUCUCGAUGGAUUCCAGCUCUUGUCCAUACACCCUGUCGAUUUCCUUUCGUCGUUCUAAGUUCUUUUCCGUCGCUGAAGAGGGGCUCCAUCAGGUGAACAUUCGCAGUCUAGAGGCAUCUUACAUCAAGUACUCUCACACUUCCCAUCUAAGACCUUGCAUUAAUUGCGGGGCCCCACCAGCAUCCGGCUGUACUUGUUAUAGUGAUGGGAUGCAAAAUCCGCGACAUCCUUUUGAUACGGAAAACUUCAAACUCUCGUUUGCACAUGAUUUUGGGGAGUAUCACGGCUUAAUGAGCAAUGUUGCGAAGCGAUCAAAUCAAGAAGUGAGCCACUCAUUCUGCGGUGUGCGCUCUUUAUUCCAAGAGGCAGUGGAUACAGCCCAUAUGAACAGAAUGUCAAGAUGGGGAAUGCGAACAAGGCUCGGAAACGACACGCCCAGAGCCUCUGUGCAACCUCGUUUCCAAAGACUUGACAUCCGCAGUGAUGUUCAGGCUGUCUUGUACCCUGAUAUGGAUGGACACAACUUCGCUCAUGGCCAGCGAGUUUCCGGAAAUGAAAACAGCAGCAAUCGCCCAGAUGAUGACUGUGAUACGGUUGCUCAACCGACCUCUCAUCUCCCAAUCCCUCCUUCGAGAGACACAGGGAUUGACUUACAUGGGUUAGAAGCAAUUCCUUUACUGUCACUAAGCCAGUCUCCUUGCGCAGAUGAUGGUAGUGCGGGAAAGGAGUUUCUCCCAACAGCAACUUCAGUUAUACACGGCAAUCUUCAUGAAAGUCCGAGAGAGAUGCGAACUGAAGCGCAGCCGCAAAAUAGACUAAAACACACCAUUCAGCAAAAUGGCGAGCUGUCAUUUCAGGCCAUUAAUUCACCAGAGAGGCAGGGGCUUCAGGAAGGAAUGGAGAUGUGUCUAUCAAGUUCAGGAAGCCUCUCACCAAAGGAUGAACAUAGUCCGACAUCUAACUUCAGUCAAUCGAGAUCAAUAGCCAAAGAACUACAAGCAGCAAGAAGACGAUUGCAAAACCGAGCCUCCGCACAUCGCAGUAACAUGAAGAAGAAAGCGUUUAUCAACGAUAUGAAAGAAAAACUACGGGAAUCGAAGGAUAGAAUUGAGGUUCUUCGCGACAAAGAGAUGAAGCUACGCCUAGAAAAUUUGCGGUUGCGUAAGGAAGUGGAAAACUAG